AACUACACCAAGCGGCCAGUCAUUCGCGCCGGUCGCGGGAAGCGGACGUGUUUCCGAACGCAUUUAAAAAAGAAAAGUAAAAAGAACGCGGUUCCCGCUCUUUAGUUUCUUAUUUUUAAAAGGUUAUUUUAGUGCACGAUCUCAUUUAAGUAUAUUUUUUACUACUCUCGUUUUAGAUAAACAAUAUGGCGUCGACAUCAGUGAACAAAAACGGAGCAACUCAAAACCUCAUGGAAAAGGCCCCAUGGUCGGACGAGCAGGGCAUAGCGAUGAAGGUGUAUGAUGGGCUGCUGCUGUUCCUCGAGGUGCUCAUCCUCAUCGUCAAGAUGAACAUCACAUGGCUGUUCUCCAUCUAUCAGUUCUUCGUGCCCUGCGAGCCCAAGAGCGUCGAGGGAGAAGUCAUACUUAUUACAGGAGCAGGUCACGGCAUGGGUCGCGAGGUGGCUCUCAGGUUCGGUAGACUCGGAGGCACCAUCAUCUGCGUGGACAUCAACGCUACUGGCAACCAGGAAACCGUCGAAAUGAUUAAAGCCGACAAGGGGAAGGCUUUCAGAUACGAGUGUGACGUCACAGAUCGUGAGGCAGUUAACAACAUGGCGGAGAAGCUCCGCCGUGAGGUCGGCGAGGUGACCAUGCUCAUCAACAACGCCGGCAUCAUGCCGUGCAAGCCCAUCAUGGAGCACAAUGAGGUCGACAUCAAGCGGGUGUUCGAUAUCAACAUCAUUGCUCAUCUUUGGCUGAUCCAAGCCUUCCUCCCCAAUAUGAUGGAGCGUAACCACGGCCACAUCGUCGCCAUGUCCUCCAUGGCUGGCGUCCUUGGCCUGAGGAACCUGGUGCCCUACUGCGCCACCAAGUUUGCCGUGCGAGGAAUGAUGGAGUCUCUUCACGAGGAGCUGCGGGAAGACCCCAGGGACUUUAGCGGGAUCAAAUUCACGGUGAUCUGCCCGUAUAUCGUGGACACUGGGCUGUGCAAAAACCCGAGGAUCAAGUUCCCCUCGAUGAUGAAGAUCGUAUCACCGCAGGAGGCUGCUGAUAACAUCGUCGACGCCGUGCGCAGGAACUACCAUGAGAUUACCAUCCCUAGCUCGCUUUAUUACGUUAAUAUGAUAUGCCGUGCUAUGCCAUACAAAGUGCCGAUCCAUCUGAAAGACUUUUUGGACUCAGGCCUAGAACCCCAGUCAUAAUCAGCCAUAUAUGUUGUUUGUUGGGCAAAAUUUUAGUUUAUAGGAAAAGUGUCUUGUUUAUGCGAUUACCUUUUUUUAAAUUUUGACCUGGGGUCAAAAAACUACAUCGAAGAAAUUCGUCCAAAAAAAGUAAUAUUACAAUUAUAUCCUCCUAAGGCCCACGGCCCUACUAGUAGUACUAAUCCCAUUGUUUAAGUAUUGUGUCUGGAAAUCCGGGCCUUACGACGAUAUGAUGAGACAUGAAUUGGUUUGAUGUGGCCUUUUAAACCCCUGAGAAGUUUUUUAUGGAAACUGGAAUGGGUCCAAAAAAGCUACAUUGAAGCAAUUCAUCUAAACAUACAUAUAUUGCGAUUUGCCAUUUGCGCAUAUACGUAUUGAAGUGCGUAUUGACAACAAAUGUCAAAUAGCAACAUUGAUUUUUAUAGAUUAAUUGUUUCAAUGCGGAGUUUAUCCACUGGUGGUCAUUAUAAAAUAAACCAUAAAUUUGAUUAUAUUGGUAUAAAAGAAACACUUAGCAAGUAUACAUACAGUGUGUUUGUGACAUCGUAACGAAUAUUGAGGGGGAUGAGUCAGACCAUGAUGCUGAGUAUAUAUCGAGUGGAUUUUUCCGUCAAAAAAUUCAUGUUUUUUUUUAAUUAUUAUUUUCAGUUCUAUACUUUUGCCAUAGAAAAUUCCACUUGAUAUUAACUCAGAAUAAUGAGCUGAAUCAUCCCUCCUAGUAUUUGUUACGAUGUCACUUACACCCUUACAAGUACAUACAAGUAGCCAUACAAAUAGGAACAGAAAUUCAUGAAAUUUUUUGUGUUUUUAAAAUUAAUUUCAGUUUCAUACUUUUGCGACGGAAAAUUCCACUUGAUAUCGACUCAGAAUCAUGGUCUGAAUCAUCCCUCAAAGUUUUCGUUACGAUGUCACUAACAUAUAUUUAUAUACUUAACGUAUAUUUAUAUACUUGCUAAGUCUUUCUUUUUUCUUCUUCCUGAUAAAGAAGAAAAACGAAGGACACGUUUUAUGAACAAGAAUUUUGUUGUUGUUUAUGAACUUUAUGAGAUAAAAACAAGCCUUUUAAAUACGUAUGGAACUAUGGAAGGUUACCAUUAAUUGUGAAAAGUGUGAUAGAACUAAUAUAGAAUAUUAUUACCUACUAUAAUAAUAUAACGUACCAAAUGUAACAUCGAAUCAAUGAAAAGUGAUAUUGAUUUUUGUGAACAAGUGCCUAGCUAUAGGAUACAUUUGUAUAGGAUUGUUUUAAAUAUAAUUUUAUAUAGGUACCUACUUACAUACGACGUACAUUGAUCAAAUUAGAGAUGUCCUUAGAAAAGGUUCAGUACGAUCUACUCUGAACCGGCGUGCGUGUAUGAAGCGAUUGAUGCAUGUGGAGGAAGAGAAGUGUAUCAGGAUCGAAGUAAAUGGAAUUCCAUAGUCUCUGCUUACCCCGGUAGGAAAUAGGCGUGAGUUUAUGUGUGUAUGUAUAUUUUAAAAUUCUUGCCUAUAAUAAAGAAAUCUUUACCUCUCACAAUGCAAGUAUGAGAAAUUAGAAAUAUGCCAAGAGUGUUAUGGUGGCUACAUAAGAGGAAAUUUAGAUGGGAAUUUAUGUUAAAUAAUGACAAUGACAAUAAUGACAAACAUAUUUAUCACUUUUAUAAUUAUUUUUACUAUCGCAAUGGCCCCGAUUCCUUCAGACGCCUAAUUUUAUUUUAAGUUAUACCUGUAAUUUUCUCUUCCGCCGAAAUGGAAAGGGACGGAUGACUGGCAAAUGUUAAUUUUAAAAUGAACGAGUGAAUCAAAGAAUAACCCGGGCGAAUCAAAUAGCUAUCUCGUUGGUAUACACACCGUUUGAUGUGUGCUGUCAACUUAAUUAGAUCGGGUUAUUGGCUAAUCUAAAAAUUUUAGAGGGUUGUUUUAGAUUUGUGUCUAAAAUUGACGUGUGUUCCAUAAAUUGUAUGCCUGUCGAUUACCCGUCCCUUUCCUUUUCGGCGAAUAAGAAAAUGACAGGUAUAACUUAAAAUGAAGUUACAUGGUAUGUACUAGAAUCAGCACCAAUAUAUAACAUGUAUACAUUCAGUGCCUAAAGUGCCAUUAAAUAUAAUAACACUGUAAUGUGUUAAAAUAUAUUAUCACAAAUCAUCAUCACUAAUUUAAGAGCCACGCUCUUGUCGGUGUAGCAUUUUCCAAUUAUCACAAAUAGCAUAAAUAUGCUCUAUAAAUAUGCUCAUAAUCUAAGCUCUAUUUAAAUAAAUAGAGUUUAGAUCUUAGCUCUAUUUAAAUAAAUAGAGCUUAGAUUUUUUCAGUCCUUUUUUGUUUGUAUUGAUGUCCAUAUUUUAUAUGUAAGUUACGCAUUUUUCUACGAUAUUUUACAAAUGGUUUUGUGUGAUGUUACUAGUAAACUAAUAGGUUAAGGUUGUGAUAAAAAGUAAUGUUAUUUCGUAUAAGAAAUAAAGAUUUUUUAAAUAGAA